AUGGCACUCAUCCCACGAGUGGCAUCUUUCUUCCUCUUUCUGACUAAGCUCAGCAUUGGCCAGAGACAAGUAACAAUCCAGAAAGGACCGCUGUAUCGAGCUGAAGGUUACCCCGCCAGCAUUGGCUGCCAGGUAGCAGGCUACAGGGGGCCGUCAGAGCAGCAGUUCCAGUGGUCUAUUUAUCUGCCCAACGCCCCCACUCAGGAAAUCCAGAUCAUCAGCACCUUCGAUGCUUCCUUCACUUAUGCGAAGUAUGGGCAGAGGGUUCGCAAUGGGGAAAUCUACGUGGAGAGGCUCGGGGACAGCUCUGUCUUGUUGCACAUCUCAAAGCUGCUGGCAAAGGACUCUGGCGAGUAUGAGUGUCACACACCCAACACCGACGAGCAAUACUACGGGAAUUAUAGUGCGAAGACCAAUCUCAUCGUGAUUCCAGAUACCCUCUCUGCUACCAUGAGAGCACAGACACUCAGCAAAGAGGAAGAUGAAGCAUUAGAACUCACCUGUGAGGCAUCCAAAGCCACCGCUCAGCAUACUCACCUCUCUCUCACCUGGUCCCUAAAGCGAGAUGGAGAACAAAACCAAGCCACCAAGAUUAUUUCUCUCUCCAGAGAUUUCACAUUGGAGCCUGGGCCUUUGUAUGCAAAAAGGUUUGCGGCUGGUAAAAUGGGGCUUGACAAACUUGGGGUAGACACCUUCAGGCUGUCCAUAGAGAGACUGCAGCCCUCAGAUCAGGGCCAGCUGUUCUGUGAAGCAACUGAAUGGAUUCAGGACCCGGAUAAGAACUGGACUCCCAUCACGAGAAAGCACACAAAGCAAGUAACCCUGAGGAUACAGCCGGCAGUGAGAGAUUUUCAAGUGCACAUUAAGGCUGAGAGCACCUUUACUGAAGGCAAAUCCUUAGAACUGGUUUGUCUGGUAGUGGGCAGUGGCUGGAACCCACAGCUUCAGGGCAUUUGGUUCUUCAAUAACGAUGAAAUUGCCCGCAUUGAUGCUGGUGGAGUUCUGGGCUUGAAGAAAGACUACAGCAAGAGAGCGAGUCAAGGACUAUUCCAGGUAUCAAAGUUAAGCCCCAAGAAUUUCUCACUCAACAUCUUCUCUGUUGGGCCGGAGGAUGAAGGUACCUACAGAUGUGAAGUGUCAGAGAUGGAGAGAGUUCAGACAGGCUCCUGGCAAGUACUGAAGCAAAAGCAGUCACCAGAACAUCAAGUGCACCUGAAGAAACCAACAGCUAGGACUGUGAUGGUGUCUACCAACAGCAAGCAGCAGGCCGUGUGGGAAGGAGAGCCGCUCGCCCUUCUCUGCCAGGUGGAUGGGCCCGAGAGUGCCCUGUCUGUGAGCUGGUUCCACACCCCGAAGCUCCAGGCACAGCCAGAUUUGGUGGCCUGUAUGGCACAGGAUGGCACUGUGGAACUGGGAUCCAACAACCGUAGCAACGUAAGGCUGGAGAAGAGGAACUGGGCCAUCUUCCAGCUGGACAUCACCUCCACCGCUGUCACAGAUGGUGGCCUGUACGAGUGCAGAGUGUCUGAGAGGACCCGGAGCCGGACCCAUGAUCUGCACUGGUCUGGGACCACGUUGGUCACUGUCAACUCUCUGGGGCCAAGUUUGCAAAUUAUCCUAGUUAGCCGGCAACCACAAGUGCAGUUAGCCAACACCUUCGACCUGUCCUGCUUGGUGAAGGCUGACUACUCUGACCUCACCCUCCCAGUCACGGUGACCUGGCAGUUCCAGCCAACGGAGUCUCGAGAUUAUCGCCAGUUUAUUCGAAUCACCCAUAAUGGCACUAUUGAAUGGGACGAUUCCCUGCCCCAGUUCCAAAGGAAGACGAAGGUUUCACAGUCUCCAUUUCGCUCUCAACUCCUCAUCCAUGAUGCCACCGAGGAAGAGGCAGGAAUGUAUCAGUGCAAGGUUGAAGUUUACGACAAAAAUUCCCGACACACAGAGGGCCCGGGGAGGGCCUCUGCCUCUUCUCACCCCUUGAGGAUAGAUGUCACAUUGCCAGAGAGCAGACUCAAAGUCAAUGUCAGCAGUCAAGCCCGCGAAGUCGUCAUCAGCUCCAACACUGUCAUAGAAUGCGGCAUCUUGUCCCGGUCAACUGGAAACCUUCAUUUAGCCAUUAAUUGGUACUUUUCUCCCACUGCUACUAAUGCAAACUGGCAGAGUCUUCUGGAAAUGGACCAGACCAGUGUCGUCAAAUACACAGCUGACUUUCACAAUCCACAGAGAAAGCAAAAAUUCCACCCCGAGAAAGUUUCCCAAGAUUUGUUUCAGCUCCACAUUCUGGGCGUGGAGGAUGGGGACCAGGGUGCGUACCGCUGCACGGUGCAGGAAUGGCUUCUGUCCACCCAAGGAACCUGGUAUAAGCUUGGAGAAGCAGCCUCAGGCCUCACAGAACUGAAGCUCAGGCCCACAGGAAGUGAGAUACGCGUGUCCAAGGAGCCCUGGACAGGAAAUGUCACAGAGCACAGCGAGGUGGUCCUGCGCUGCAGCCUGGAGAGCUCGCACAGCUCGGCCUCCCAGUUCUCCGUGAGUUGGUUCUGGGGCCGGGAGCCGCCCCAAAGCCAGGAGCUGGCUCACCUGCAGCACGACGGCCUGCUGCGCUACCGCGAGGGGGCGCCGCAGAGCACCCGCCUGCUCUGCUACCGCGCCUCGGCCGCAGACUUCGUGCUGACGCUGCGCCCGGUGGCCCUCGCCGACGCAGGCAGGUACUGGUGCCGCGUGACAGAGUGGCAGCUCCACGGAAACCCCGGCAAGUGGGUCGGCCUAGCGUCCGACGAGUCGCAGCCCAUGGCGCUCGCCGUGCUGCCUGCAGAGUCUACGCUGCCCUCCAGGAUCUGCUCCUCAGAGCCUUUGCUCUACUUCCUGCUCAUCCUGCCCUUCAUUCUACUCAUCCUGCUGCUCGCCUCCCUGGUCUACUUGUACUGGAAGAUCCGAAGGCUGGCAACACUCAGCUGCAGUGCGCAGAAGGAGCAGGUCCUGUGGGUGGACAUGAAGAGGACCGGCGGCGACACCCUGAGCAGGAGCAGGGAGGAAGAUGAGGACGACAGCUGAAGCCUGUGAGCUGCAGGUGCCUGCAGGCCUCGGGCUGCAUGAGUGGGACGUGGGGCUUGGCUGACCUGGCGCGCCCCUCUCUGCCUGUGGCCGGGCUCCCUGGAAGCAGAGGGGCGCGUGUGGGGCCCCCGAGCGGGCAUCGAUCGAGCACCUGCGCGAUGCCAGUUCUGCUCAGUGUUUCUCUGUGUGGGGAGCACCUCGGUCCCUGGCAGGCCCCCAGGAG